CUAAUAAUUUGUCUACUCUGUUUCCACAUGUCUGUGUGAGAGCCAUCAUACACUGAUUAUCUAUUGUUGUGCUGCUUCCUUGUCAAGGCUCCAUGGUGGUCCUACAUGGUAUGUGCAAUGGGCAUAUUCAUCUACCAAACACUGGAUGCUCUAGAUGGCAAACAGGCUCGUCGUACGAGCAGCUGUAACUCUCUAGGCGAGCUGUUUGAUCACGGAUGUGAUGCCUUCUCGACUGUUGUUAUAUCAGUUGCGCUUGUGUGUUCUCUACUGAUUGGCAACUUUCCUGUAUUGUUGUUUCUGACGUGCUUUACGGGAAUGGUCACGUAUUACUGUGCUCAUUGGAAUGCGUACAUUACGGGAACGUUGCCUGUUAAUGCAUUCGACGUCACAGAAAGUCAAGUGACAAUCAUGCUGAUCCACGUGGUGUCUGCCAUACUAGGACCUCACAUCUGGCUAACAAAGAUACCCAAAAUAGACAUCGAGUUCAACAUCAUUGCCUGCGUACUAGUCGAAAUGGCUCUACUGUUUGUAACAUUGAAAGCAUUGCUUGUCAUACAACAAGGUGGACAGGGCAAGAACGGCUCAACCAUAGCAAAUACGAGUGUUUUGUCGCCAGCGUUGCCCAUGUUCUUCUUGCUCUUUGUUGCUUGCACGUUGUUUCUUCAUUCCCCGACGAAUUUGUUUCAUAAUCAUCCGUGUCUGUUUGUGUUGACGUUUGGCAUGUCGGCUAGCAAGAUCACAGUCAACUUGGUGAUUGCUCAUGUGAGUAAAAGCCCUAUGGUGCUCAUCGAUUCCGCUCUACUCGGCCCAUUCAUUCUCCUCAUCAAUCUUUAUUUUCGCACAAUAAUUAACGACUUCCAUUUGAUGCUUGCAACUUUUGCUUUUUCAACAUUUGAUGUUCUGUACUCAGUGAAAUCUACUUGCAAUCAAGUGUGUACGUAUAUGAAGAUAAGUUGCUUUACAAUAUCUCCGAAAUCCGCUCCUCAAUGAUGGUGAAAAAUUGAAGUCUUAUGAACAUUUUGUCUUUUUGAACGUAUGAAGAGAUACAGUCACUUGUUCUUCUGGAUGUUAUUAUGAUAUUGGAAGUUACUUUGUGGUGAUAGUACACAACGUUCAUAUGCUUA